UUUUUUUUCUUUUCUCAAAAUCACACACGCUCCUCUCAUAAUCUUCUUCUUAUAUUAUCUAUCAUAUGGAAUUUGAAUCAGUAAUUUCUUCAAUUUCCAUUAAUCAACAACGCUUCAUCUUCCUUUGCAACACUCAUCUAUAAUCUUUUUUCACAUAAACAUAAACACAAACACAAACACUCCCACCUUUUUCAUUUUUCAAACAAUGCUUUCAAGAUCUUGUUUAGGUUUAUUAAACCAUCAAAUAACAACAAUGAACAAUUACGAACAAGAAGACCUAAACAUAGUUCCAGAACUCAUGACACCGUUCCAGAAGUUUCAACGACAAUAUUCCAACGUUUCAGUUCCUUCAUCUCCGAUUUCUCGUAAACGAAGAAUGAUAAUAGUAUCAAAUCAGUUACCAAUACGCGUUGUUUCAUCUUCUUCUUGUGACUUGAAAUUCGAAUGGGACGUUGAUAGCAUAUAUUUUCAGCUCAAAGACGGUAUUUCCUCUGAUUCUGAACUCUUUUACGUUGGUUCGUUAAAAUCACAUAUUGAAAUUGAACCAUCACAGCAAGAAGAAGUUGCCAAAGUCUUGUUAGAAAAGUUUCGCUGUGUUCCAACUUUUCUACCUUCUGAAACUCACAACUAUUUUUACCAUGGUUUUUGUAAGCAUUAUCUUUGGCCUUUGUUUCACUACAUGCUACCUCUGUCCAAGAGUCAAGGUGUGCGUUUCAAUUCCUCUCAUUGGCUUUCAUACAAAAAGGCCAAUAGAAUCUUCGCGGACAAGGUUCGCGAGGUUUUGAAUCCUGAUGAAGAUUAUGUCUGGGUUCAUGAUUAUCAUCUAAUGGUUUUACCAACUUACUUGAGGAAACGUUUUCCUAAAGUCAAAUUGGGUUUUUUUCUUCACAACACGUUUCCUACUUCAGAAAUCUAUAGAACAAUACCUGUUCGUGAAGAAAUUCUUAGGGGUUUGUUGAACUGUGAUUUGAUUGGAUUUCAUACUUUUGAUUAUGCUAGACAUUUUCUGUCUUGUUGUAGUAGGAUGUUGGGUUUGGAUUAUGAGUCUAAAAGAGGUUACAUUGGUGUUGAUUACUUUGGAAGAAAUGUUACCAUCAAGAUUCUUCCUGUGGGGAUCCACAUGGGUCUUCUCGAAUUGGUUUUGUCGUCCUCUGAAACAGCUAAGAGGGUGAAAGAGUUGAAGGAAGAAUUUGAAGGGAAGGUUUUGAUUUUGGGGGUUGAUGACUUGGAUUUGUUCAAAGGUAUUGGGUUGAAGUUUCUGGCAUUGAGGAAUCUUUUGGAGGGAAAUGAAAAAUUAAGGGGUGAAGUUGUGUUGGUUCAGAUUCUGAAUCAAGCAAGGAGUAGCGGAAAAGAUAUACAGGAUGUGAAGUUUGAGAUUGAAGCUAUUGCCAAAGAAGUUAAUGACAAAUAUGGUGAUGAACAAUCUGGGUAUAGGCCAAUUGUUUGUAUAAAUGGUCCGGUUUCGACUCAGGAGAAGGCUGCUUACUAUGCUAUAUCAGAGUGUUGUAUUGUGAAUGCUGUGAGGGAUGGGAUGAAUUUGAUUCCUUACGAGUAUACUGUUUGUAGACAAGGAAGUGUUGAAUUGGACAAAACACUUGGAGUGGGAAAUGAUGAGCCUAAAAAUAGUGUUAUCAUUGUUUCUGAGUUCAUUGGUUGUUCGCCUUCACUCAGCGGGGCAGUUCGGGUGAAUCCGUGGAACAUUGAUGAUGUUUCAGAGAAAAUGAACUCAGCAAUCAAAAUGAAGGAUUCCGAGAAGCAAUUGCGGCACAAGAAGAAUUAUAAGUACAUAAGCUCUCAUGAUGUAGCGUAUUGGGCCAAGAGUUUUGAUCAGGAUUUAGAGAGAGCUUGUAGGGAGCAUUAUCUCAAGACAUAUGUGGGAUUAGGACUUGAUAAUUUUAGAAUCAUUGCUUUGGAUCCUAGUUUUAAGAAGCUUUGUCUUGAUGACAUUGCCCCUGCUUACAAAGAUACCAAAAGUAGGUUGAUCCUUUUGGACUAUGAUGGCACCAUGAUGCCUCAGGGAUCAAUUAACAAAGCUCCUAGUUUGGAUGUUAUCUCUCUCUUGAAUUCCUUAUGCAGUGAUCCCAAAAAUACAGUGUUCAUUGUUAGUGGCAGGGGAAGAGUUUGCCUUAGCGACUGGUUUUCUCCAUGUGACAAAUUGGGUCUCUCUGCAGAACAUGGUUACUUCACAAGGUGGAGUAAGGAUUCUCCUUGGACGACUCUCGGAUUGGCAUCAGAUUUUGAUUGGAAAAUUAAUGUAGAAAAGGUGAUGGCGCUUUACACAGAAGCGACUGAUGGUUCCUUCAUUGAAGAAAAAGAAAGUGCAAUGGUUUGGCAACAUCAAGAAGCAGAUCCUGAUUUUGGACUGUGGCAAGCUAAAGAGCUUCUUGUUCACCUUGAGAGUAUGCUGGCCAAUGAUCCUGUAGUAGUUAAAAGGGGACAACAUAUUGUUGAAGUAAAGCCUCAGGGUGUGAGCAAAGGUAAAGUGGUGGAAGAGCUUAUAUCAACCAUGAGGAAUGAGGAGAAGUCACCAGAUUUUCUUCUAUGUCUAGGAGAUGAUCGUUCAGAUGAAGAUAUGUUUGAAAGCAUUGCAAAUUUAGCCUUACCAACCUCAUCACAAGUGUUUGCAUGCACUAUUGGUUAUAAACCAAGUAGGGCUAAAUACUAUUUGGAUGAUACUGGUCACGUUAUCAGACUGCUGGAAGGACUUGCUGCUGCAUCAGCGCAAAAUUUAAGCACAAAAUAGAAAGAAAUAUCUAUACAGUAAAACUAAUGUUGUUGUACAGAAUGAUAGAUGCCUUCUUCAUAGGUUGUUUCAUUUGGGAAGGAAAAAAAGUCAAUCAAUACUUUUAGAAUUUUACAAAUUAGCUAGUUAGCUUGCUUAUUCAUGUAACUAGCAGCAAAAUUUCUUGUUUUGUUUUGUAUGACAAGGAGUGAAUACAGGUUUAUGCUUUUGUGAAAUGAAUUACCUAACAGCAAUACUUCAUGA